AUGGCCUCAACAACAGCCUUUCUCCCCCGCCUCACCACCAUCACCUUCUCCUCCCCAACUCAACCCCUCCUCAUCAUGUUUCUCCUCUCCUUACUCACCCUCUAUACCAUCUACAUCGCUAUUUACCGCCUCUACCUCAGUCCUCUCGCCGACAUCCCCGGUCCCCGACUUGCCGCGCUGACACAAUGGUACGAAUUUUACUACGAAGUCAUCCUGCACGGCCAGUACACCUUCAAGAUCAUCGAGCUGCACAAGCAGUACGGGCCCAUUAUCCGGAUCAACCCGUGGGAGGUACACAUUGCGGAUCCAGAUUUCCACAGGGUGUUGUUGCCAACAAAUACAAAUCGACGGAGACAUCGGACGCCGUUUUUCACGAAGCAGUUUGGGGCUGAUGAAAGUAUCGUGGCUACCAAUGAUCAUGAUCUCCAUAAGCUUCGGAGAUCAGCGGUUGGCCCUUUCUUUUCGACGCAAAACACGAGAGCGCUACAGCCGGUUAUCGAGGAGAGGGUUGAUGCAUUGUUGGCCAGGCUUCGAGAGCAUGGGAAGACGAAGAAGGAUAUUCCGUUGAAUAUGAUGUAUGCGUAUUCGGCUACGUCUUACGACAUCAUCAGUGAAUACUGCUUUGCCAAAUCUGAGCAUGCUGUGGAGGACCCCGACUUCCGCGCCGAGAUCACCAACGCGAUCUUGACAGGUUCCAACUACGGGAAAAUCUUCCAACACUUCCCUUUCCUCGUCCCCUUCCUCGCUUCGAUCCCACCAAGGAUUCUCGCCGCCAUUUCCCCCUUCUACCGCACCUUCCUCCACCUCCGCGCCUGCAUCACGGCCCAGAUCGGCGAAAUCGAAGAGUCUCUCCGCUCCGAGGAAGGCAAGAACGCCCACCUCGACAUCCCCCAUCCCACCAUCUUCCACUCCUUCGUCAACACGGAAGCACUCCCUCCUAUCGAAAAGUCCGUACCGCGGAUUGCCCAAGAAGGCCAGGUCCUUGUGCAAGCAGGCACAGUAACCACCUCAUGGGCCCUGACCAUCUCAACUUUCCACCUUCUGGACCAACACGCCACAGCUCUCGCCAAACUGCGCAAAGAGUUAAGGGAAGCCCUCCCCGAUGACGCCAACGAGCCCAUCGAGCUUGCUCGACUCGAACAACUCCCCUAUCUCCGCGCAGUAAUCAAGGAGAGCAUGCGUCUCAGCGUUGGCGCAUCGGGUCGAACCACGCGCGUGGCGCCUGACGAAACACUGCGGUUCAAGCCCUCCAAGUUAUGUCUGCGAUGCUAUCCAGACCAGCUGAAGACGACAGAAGACAAGGAAAAGGAGUGGCUGCUUCCUCCUGGGACGGAGAUUUCAAUGACGAGCUAUCAGAUUACUACGAACCCGGAGAUCUUUCCGGAUCCGCACGCUUUUGUGCCGGAGAGGUGGUCGGGGAAGGAGAAUGAGAUGAGGCUGGAGAAGUACAUGGCGGUGUUUGGACACGGGGCGAGGGUUUGUUUGGGGAUGCAAUUGGCGUAUGCGGAGAUGUAUUUGAUGUUGAGUAAGAUGUGGAGGGUUUGGGAGGGUGGGCCGCAGGUUGGUGGCGGGGAGGAGGAGGAUGGUAAGGAGGAGGAGGAGGUGGAAGAAAAGAAGGGAAGAAGAGAUGGUCGGACGGUGGGUAGGUUGAGGUUGGCUGAGGGAGUGACGGUUAGAGAUGCGGAGAUGGCGGAGGACUGGUUCAUUCCUGUGCCUUAUAGAGGGAGUAAGGGGGUUAGAGUGUACUUUGAGAGUUUCUAA